CAUAAUCAUGUCCUCCCAAUCAUCUCCCAAAGUUUCAACUUGUUCCAGCAUUAAACUCAAAAGUCCAAAGUGUCAUAGGAGAUAAGGCCCUGAAAAAGAACUAAGAAAUCUGGGGUAGCAAAACGCAUGUAGAACCCAUCUUGGUCAGUACUUUUCCUGUACAGGAAGAAACCGAGAACGCCCGGUGCAUCGCCCAACACAGACUAAGACAUAGCGGAGACUCGAAACCUGACCUCAGUUUCCGGUCCCAGCAUAUAGAGUCUUCAGUUUUCUUCGUCGAAAGCGACAGACAGCUCCUGUUCUCUUUCACGUUCGUAGACCGGACUCAGGCUGGAGAUGCGAAGCAUGGGCGGGACGAGGAGCGGAAACACCCCUCCUACCGGGACUGAAAAAAUAUGGCAACCCCGAGCUGGCCUAUCCGGAAACCGGCUCGAGGAACACGGGGAGACGGGGAUUGGCCAUCGCUUCCGGAAGUUUAGAAUCCUGCUUAUCUGUGAAAUGCAGUUAACAUGUCAGCUGGACCUGUUUCCUGAAUGCAGGGUGACCCUUCUGUUAUUUAAAGAUGUAAAAAAUGCAGGAGACUUGAGAAGAAAAGUCAUGGAAGGGACCAUCGAUGGAUCACUGAUAAAUCCUACAGUGAUUGUUGAUCCAUUUCAGAUACUUUUGGCAGCAAACAAAGCAGUUCACCUCUACAAACUGGGAAAAAUGAAGACAAGAACUCUAUCUACUGUUAUUUACAACCUUUCCCCAAAUAACAAUGUUUCAGAGGCUUUGAAAAAAUUUGGUAUCUCAGCAAAAGACACUUCAAUUCUAAUUGUUUACAUUGAAGAGGGAGAAAUAAAUCAAGAAUACCUAAUAUCUCAAGUAGAAGGUCAUCAGGUUUCUCUGGAAAAUCUUCCUGAAAUAACAAAUAUUACAGAAGUCAAAAAGAUAUAUAAACUCUCUUCACAAGAAGAAAGUAUUGGGACAGUAUUGGAUGGUAUCAUUUGUAGAAUGUCAACAAAAGAUGUUUUGUGAAAUGUCAAAAAUAUUAACAGAAAUUCUCAGCAUUAAAGAAAACAUUGAUAUUC